AUUGUGUUGCAUUGGUCUUAAAUUUCACUCAUAAUUGUCUUAAAAAGGUCUUAAAAAGUCUGAAAUUUGACUUGCAGUGAAACCUGCAGCAACCCUGACAGAUGUAUUUGUGUACCACAGAAGCGUUUGCCGGAUAACCUAUCAGACAUGAAGAUGAGUAGGAGGAGACAGUUGGGGAAAAUGUUUAAUACAUUUUAUCAAUUUAAUGUAAGGAUAAUUAGUGAAAGCUUUCACAGAGAUCAGCAGAGCCAAUAAUAGCUACAUGCAAACUAUUUAGGGUUUAUCAAUUUUUUUUACAUUCUGGCAUUGUCCUAUUUGUGAAUAGGUUGUGCAUUGCUGUUAUUCAUUUAUUUGCAGAAAGAGUUCCUCUCAAAUGACUGAUUUGAAGUAAGACAUUUAUAUAAAAGUUUUAAUGACUCCUGUGUUAGACUUUAAUCUACUUAACAAAACAUUGUCUGCAGUCUAACAAUGAAGUUUGCAUACACUGCAUUUGAAGCCUAAUCACGCGCUAAAGAGUAAUGCUUUUAUUAUUGUUUUAAGUUACAAUGUGUAUAACUAUAUGCAGCAUAAACUCCGACUAUGUGUUCCUUUUUUGUGUGUUUGUUUUAGAGAGGAAGAUGAAAAAACGACAUACUGUAUGUUCAACUGUAUUUGAUGUUAAUGAUCUACAUUAAACAGUAAAUGUGUAAAUAGACUUAUGGUUAAACUAACACAACUCUCUUUUUGCUCAUUUUGAGGCACAUCAUCCGGCUGACAUUUAUUCUAAAAUCUGUGAAGAUGAAGUUUGAAAAUUUGUUGGCUGAGGUGGGAGGUUUUGGAAAAUUUCAGAUCAGUCUCAUCCUUAUUAUGGUUAUUCCGAGAGUCACUUUACCGUUUCACUUCCUAUUGAUCAACUUCAUCGCGGCCAUCCCAUCUCACCACUGUGACAUCAGCAGUCUGGAUGCUGAUGGGAUCUUUGGGAAUCUGACUCAGAAGGAAAGACUGACUGUCAGUAUUCCGGCACACGAAGAUGGGACUCCUGCUUCCUGUCACAUGUUCUCUCAUCCUCAGUUUCAUCUGCUGUCAAACGCAUCCAGCAUUACAGAUCUUCCUGUAGUGGAGUGCCAGAAUGGAUGGGAGUACGACAACAGCACUUUUAAAUCCACCCUGUCUACAGAGUUUGAUUUGGUGUGCAACAGGAGAGGUCUGAAUAAAGCCACAGCCACCAUCUUCUUCAUUGGUGUAAUGGUUGGAGCAGCAUUUUCUGGAUGGCUGAGUGACAGGUUUGGUAGGAAGCCCAUGCUCAUGGUGUCUUACCUCAUAACUGCUGCCUUUGGUGUAGCCAGUGCAUUCUCCCAGUCAUUUAUCAUGUUUGCUAUAAUGAGGUUCUUCACUGGACUGGGCAUUACAGGCAUCAGCAUCAUCACCAUUGUUUUGUGUAUUGAAUGGGCUGACAUCGAGCAAAGGACGUUGGCUGGAGUUAUAAUCAGUCUCGACUGGUCGAUCAGCACUAUGAUAUUGCCAGGCAUUGCUUAUUUUGUCAAAGACUGGAGAAGUCUUGUUCUCACAGUAACAGCUCCCCUCGCACUGGCUGUGAUCACAUGGAGGUGGAUCCCAGAGUCGGCGCGAUGGCUGAUUGUUAAUGGAAAGCUGGAAGAAGCUCAUCUUUACCUGAGCAAAUGUGCAUCAGUUAACAAAAGAGAAAACAGCCUCAAAGAUAUCAAACCGCAGACCCUUGCUGCUGUUAUAAUCACUGAAAAUAAAGGAGACAGAAAAUACUCAUGUCUGGACCUGAUAAGAUCUCCAAAUAUGAGGAAGCUGUCUGUACUCUCAGGAAUCACCUGGUUUGGAGUAGCAUUCACAUACUACGGUAUCAGUUUGAACAUAACUGGCUUCGGAUUGGACUUGUACCUAACCCAGUUUAUUUACGGUGCCAUAGAAUUGCCAGCAAAACUUCUGGCUUAUGUGUGCCUAGAUAAGCUGGGCCGUAGGUACAGCCAGGCAGGUUUGCUGGUUACAACAGGGGCCUGCAUUGGCAUCACCAUUCUCAUUCCUAAAGGUUUGUGGCUGCCUCGUACAGUCAUUGCGGUGUUGGGUAAAGGAUUCUCAGAGGCCGCCUUUACAUGUCUUUUUCUUUAUACCACUGAGAUAUUCCCAACCAUGUUAAGGCAGAAUGGAUUAGGCUAUAGUUCAUUUGUUGGUCGUAUUGGUGUCUCUUUGGCACCUCUUGUGGUGCUACUGGAUGAGGUCUGGCUCCCUCUGCCACAAGUCCUCUUCUGCACUGCUGCCAUCGUUGCAGGCCUCCUUGCCCUGCUCCUUCCUGAGACCCGCAAUGUGCGACUUCCUGAAACUAUUGAGGAUAUUGAGAAAACUAGGAAAAGAUCCAUGUGUUCACCACUUCCAUGAAUUCCAGCAUAGAACCAAAUCUCUACAUAAAGUGAAAAGGAAUCUAAUCAUUAGAAAUUAAUAAAAAU